GAACACCUCGGACAACAAAAUUUUCUACCGGUGCAAUAGAGUGUAAUGUUAUUGAGAUGAUUCCAUUUUGUAAUAACGAUCAGUGUCCAUGUGUCAUGUUCGGGGGAAUAAAAUGGGUUUUAACGUAUUUUAUAUAAUUCUACAUCUUACAAGUCUUUUUGGAAAUCAUUAUGUAAUAUGAAAUAUAUUUGUGUUCAAUAUAAGCUGUCGCUCUUAUUUUCAUAGUAAACUGAAGAAGGAUAACGUGCCGGAAACAAAAUUGUUUGGAAAGGUAAACAGCAUUAAUGUGGAUCGUUAAAAGUGCUAUGUUUAGUAAAAGUUAUCGGUAAUUUGUACUUUUCAGUGCUUGAAAUAAAUACAUACAUUUGCUUGAAAGUUUAUCGAAGCAUGAUAGUUUUGUCAUUUACAACGUUGAAUAAAAAUGUAAUGUCUAAAUGUAACUAGUUUCUGCUUCAUAGACAAUGUAUGUAAUUUUAAAAAUGUACAAGAUAAACUAGAGGUACAUAGAAUACAUUGAUGGUAUAUCUAUCAAGUUCUAAUGUUGGAUUAUGUUAUUUAUGACGUCUAAACAUGGCACUAUUGAACCAAAUUUUCAUGACGUCAGUUAUUUCUUUACUGGCAUUUGACGCCUCAACAACACAUUUGUCUAUGGUCUUUUUGUGUGAUUCUAAUUUGCACGAUAUUUGCGAGGACGCGAUCAACAACAUCAAGGAGUUACCUAUAGAAGUUGAAGAUGUGCAUAUUGAAUUGGUUGGAAUUGUUAUACGUAGCUCUGGAGACUUUAUCCAAGAUGUUCGCUCUUUAAACAAUGCAGACUCUGAAAACAUCAUUUUGUUCAUUGGUAUUGGAAAUGAUCACGUGGUUAAUGCAGUCUCGUGCAUCUCGCGUGCUGUUGGCGUUCCUGCUUUUGUUUAUUCAACGUUGAGCCACAGGAUCAAUAUGUUUGAACAGGACGUGAUUUCUAUCCAUCCGGACCGGGAAGGUCUAGCACAGGCUAUCAUCACGAUUAUCGGUAAACAAUUGGUUAGGAAUGCGUUUGUUAUUUGCCAAGAUACGCUCCAGUUUGACGGAUUCAUGGAGGUCUUUCAUAGGAAUAACAUGCAAUAUAACAGAAGUAACGAAAGUCUCGAAUCAACAAUAUCAGUUUCUGAUAGUGACCUUGACCUCCGAACUUUGUUACUGAAUGUCCAUGACAACGGAUUUCGUUUGCUGAUAGUACAUAGUUCUCCACAACUAUUUGAAAGAUUAAUCAAAAUAGCCACUAACAUGCUAUAUUUCAAUACUGGAUAUGCAUGGAUAAUCACAGAAGAGGCAAUGCCAAAUGUUCCCAUGUCAACCAAUGUUACCAUGACAACGGGUGAUGAAAUGCCUAAAGGUUUGCUGGCUGUUGACGGAUAUGAGGAGGAUAAUUAUAUGACUUUGUUGAACGAUGUUGUCAAAAUAGCGAGAUCUGAAAUAUUGCUGCUUCUUAAGAAGGCGUAUAAGUAUAACCUUACCAGUAGAUACAUGGCUGAAAACUUCCGAGUAGUUCUAGCAGGCAGGCAAGAUGUUUACCAAUCAUUUUUCAGGGGUUUGCAAUCAAAUAAUUUACUUUUUGGUGAUGAUGGAAGACGCAAAAAUAUGCAAUAUCGUCUGCUUAAUUAUAUCGAAGAAAAUAAAGGGAACAAGUCAUUCUGGUGGACAGUUGGUUACAUUAGAGGAAACGACCUGGACCUUAACACACUGUCGUUUGGCCAGGACAGUCAAUCUUUGUACCAAUACAUAACGUUCGAGCAUUCUAUUCUGUUGUUACCAAGACCCGCCGCGCCCUUUUUGUACAUUAUUAGAGGGCCAACAGAAAUCACGUGA